AUGUUCAAUGAUCGGAACAGCAACUUCCGAGGUGGUUCUUCUUCUUCUGGUGCAUCUGAGUCGAAUCGUCAUGAAAUAAAAGAUUCUGAAUUUCAAAAGGAAGUGGAUGACAAGAAGAAUGGUGAUCACUUCAAACUUCUCACCGAAUUGUUCAGAUCCAUUUCCGAACGUUUAUUUCAUGAUUCAAAAAAUCCUGACCAACCACAUGAUGAAGAGGUGUCAGCGCUGAAUAUCGAUCGUGCUGCAACAGGAACAACUGUUCCUUCUUUACAAGAAAGAAUAGCAAAGACUGCCAAAUCAGUGAGAGACAAGAUUGGAAAAGUAAAAGAACAAGUUCUCGAUGUGAAAACCAAGUUCAAAGGAAAAAGGAAUCUUUCCAAGCAUUUAUGGUGA